GCUCGCCACCUCACGAUAGAAUAAUAACUCGAGUUCUCAGAGUAAAAAUUCUUACGUCCUCGUUCGUACGCGGGGAUUCUUCGUCGGCCGCUGUCAGUUCGGAAUCGUACAUUGGAGAACGAAAUGGCAAACGAAAUGGAGGAUACUCACGGAUCGAGUCCGAACUGGCGAACGAACGAACGUACAUAUCCGAGGGAAAAGCUUUCGAAUGACAGGCUGUUGAAGUACAAGUGUUCUUUCUAAAGCGUACGCGUAACACGAGUUUGGAAACAAUGGAGAGAGCGCAGACAACCACGUACAUAGAGGGUGACAAUCACCUUUUGGACUAUUGGGAGGAGUAUCAAAAAAUGAUGGAAGAGACCAAGUUGUUGGAUGAUUACCUGGAAGAGGAAUGUCCACGCAACUACGACGAUGGCGAGGAGGAGGCCGAAUGGUUACGUACAGCAGGGUUGGGACAGCUGACGGAGGCAUGGAAGGCCGGAAGAGAGGUACAGCCAGACGAAUUGGGCAUAGCAUUGCGCCCCUUGUCGCGAGCACAGGCCGAAGCGGUGAAACGUCGCGUCAAGUCGCUCAAUCACACGGUGAAGCAGCGUUUCAACCAACGACAACGCGUUCGCAAACCAGACAUCAGAGACGUCUUCAAAGAUGUGGAGGCAUCCAGCACUGGAACGAGAUCACGUAGCGCCACGCCCGAUUCGCUGGAUUCCGUGACGGGCGUAACGCCGGAGAAUGCCUCGCCUCCGCCGUUGGCAACGGUCACCGCUGAAGACGCGCACCGCAGAAAUACUGUUACCGUGCCAAACUUUGUGUCAGUUUACCACCAAUUGCCAAACGAAUGCAAAUGCAAAGAAACGGUACGUAGAACGCCGAGUGCGCCGUCGGCCACCAUCGAUGCACCGGUGCCUCUGUUUCCAUUCGGAAACGUCUCUUCGAGCGGACGCGGUGGAUACUCGUUGCGAGGGGACGUCGCGAACGAUUCAGAAGGAAUUCAGCUGACGAGCUACCACAGACUGGGGACGAUACACGUUUCGAAGCCCAGUAUACAAAGGCGAAGCGGAAGCGAUCCCAGCGAGGUGGCGAACGCGACGAGUCUGGGCGAAACUGUCGAAAAGUUGAACAGCCCGACAGACUCGACGUUGAGGAGAAACUCGGGGAGUCACGCGGUGUCGGUAACUCGGAGCCACAGCAGCCUGUACGGUUUGACGAGACCAGCGGACGAACGUUUGAUCACUCGCCCGUUGAACCGGACAUCCUCUCACGGUCACUUGAGUUUCGAAGAAAUGUGCAGAACGAACGAAAUGAAGUCGGACGUAUGGACGUCGGAGGCUCUCGCUACAGCCGAUGACGUACAGGAUCGGCUGGGGAUUGAAACGCUCACGCAGCGAGACUUGACCAGGUUACAGCCACUGCUGUGGCUGGAAUUGACCGCCGUGUUCGACAAGUACAACCUCCCGUUGAAAAAACGGAAACCGAAUAAACGCCGGACGAAAGCUGGAAACUUGUUUGGCGUUUCAUUGUCGACUCUCCUACUUCGAGACAGUCAGUUGUCGUCCGAGGAGAGUAACAUCCCGCUGGUGUUUCAAAAGGUUCUCAACGAGUUAACGAGACGAGGCGUGAGAGAGGAGGGUAUUCUUCGCGUCGGGGGACACAAGCAAAAAGUCGAGUCGAUAUGCAGGCAGUUGGAAACGGACUUCUAUUGCAAGCCGAACGAGGUGGACAAGUUGUUCAAGUGCAUGUCGUGCCACGAUCUGUCGGCAAUUUUGAAAAAGUUGUUGCGCGACCUGCCGCAGCCGCUGCUCACCGUAGAGCUUAUCGACGCUUUCUACCAAAGUCACGGAGUGAAGGAUCACCAGGAGUUGUCGUACGCUUUGAAUUUGCUGGUGCUGCUGCUGCCGAUAGAGAAUCGCUGUACGCUGAGAGCGUUGGUCAAGUUCUUCAAACUGGUGGUGGAGAACCAAGCGUCGAACAAAAUGUCGAUUCACAACGUGGCGAUGAUCGUGGCGCCGUCCUUGUUCCCGCCGCGGUACGUUCACCCGCGCGAUCGUGCCGAUUUGACCGCCCAGCUGAACAUGGCAGCCGUGUGCUGCCAGGCAACGGAAGCUCUCCUCGUCAACGCGAACAAACUGUGGUACGUGCCGAACGAACUUUUGAAUCAGCUGCGCAGGCACUCCGAGGAGGAAAGGUAUCGAAAGUACAAGAAAAAGUUUUAUUGACGUCGGUAGCGGAUGUGCGAGCGAGGAGAGAAAGACACGCGCUUGCGUACAAGCUUGAAGACGCGUUCUCGGCGAGAGGAGAGGAGAGGAGAGGAGAGGGGAGAGCGAGGAAGCGAGGGAAAA